GUUCGCGAGGAAGUUAGAGCCUUCUUGACAGUUCUCUUUAGAGCCUGCUUGAAAUGUCCUCCAGAUUUCCCAAUAGUUGAGCUGUGUAGAGUUAUCUUCCAGUCUCUCGAAUGGAGAGAAGUCGUUGAAAUAUAG